AUGGCGGCCUCGGAGUGGAUAUCGAUCGUCUCGCCAGUGGAGUGCAGCCCCGUCGUCGCGGCCAAACAAGCAGGCAAGCAGUACGCCGAAGUCACGGCGAUCCAGGAGCUCAAGGCGAAGGUUGGCCCUCCUCAUUUGUACACCGCGCGCGCCGUGUUCAAAUCAUUGAAGGAGGACGAGCAUGUGACGACACUCCUGGAGCCGUCGCAGGUGCUGAGCGCUUUUUACGACAAGUUUUUCUCGGUGGUUUCGCAGGAGGAGUUGGGAUUGGUCAUUCGUCAUUUCAGGGUUCGCAAAUGUUACAACGAGAAUUUCUGCCGCAUCCAGUUCAGCAUAGCGGACGGCUUUCAUAUUCCUUUGGGAGGGGGCCAGCCAGGGGUGUCGAAGCUACUCAUGGAGCAGGCUCUAGUCAAGGCGCUGGUUCACCUGGGAGGGCCGUCCGACCGCCAGAAGUGGAGCGCGAUGCAGUCGACGAAGAUCCGAGAUCUGGUCAUGCUGCUCCGCGAUGCAGGCCAAUCGGGGCGCUAUCAGACGGUCGACCUGAUCCUGCGCAGGUUGAUCGAGGGCCAGUUGCUCAAGACCGACAGGGACUACGACGUGGUCAUGCGCGAACUUUCGUUUCAGAACCGCUGGCGGGAAGCGUUCGCCAUGUUCGACGAGAGGGAGAAACGUGGCCUCGAGUUGAGCCCGCGCAUGAGGCAGGCGAAGCUGACCAUCUCUGCGAGGGCCCGCCAGUGGCAGGCAACCCUCCACAUGUUUCACGACAUUAAGAACAGGGGCGUCACCAUACCGGUGCAACAGUACAAUGACGUUCUCAUGUGCCUCGUAGACCAGCGGAGCCGUAAGUGGGAGCAGGCCUUGGAAAUCUUCACCGAGAUGGAAGAGUACAAGCGCCGAGACAAAGCCUCGGAGGGGGAGCGCGCGGCACCGCUGUGCCGCGCGCGCAAGGCCUCGACUCCGCCUGCGGCCGCCGUCGGUGGGUGCAGCGCGGGGCUAGGGCCGCCGCUCGCCAGCCGCGAGAAGUUCGGCGAGCGUCGCGCCCAGGCUCUGGAGGUCCUUGGCGCGACCGCUGCGGAGGACGGCGCGUCGCAGACGUCGGCCGCGCGCGCGGCUGGCAGCGCCUCGCUGGGCAUUCUCAGCAGGAACGCGCAGGCGAGGAGGAAUCGCGUCGAGGCGCGGAGCCACUCGGGGCGGCGCGCGCCCAAGCCGACCAGUGCCGCGACUAAAAUUCUUUUUGUUGAAUAUCCGCGGGCGCGGAGUCCAGUCCGCGCUGGCUGGCGGAAGCUGCGUGCACGGGCAUUGCAGCACCCGGACGCACAUGGCGCGAGCGCGAUCGACCCCUCGCCAGAGGGCCGCGUCUGCGGGAUCGCGGAGGCGCGCGGCGGCCUCGGCGACCGCCGCCUGGGGCCCGCGCGUCGCGGGCAGCGCGUUCGGCGGAGCCAGGCGGUCGAGGGCGCUGGGAGCGUGCGCCUCGCGAACCACGGUGCGCGGGGUCAGGGGCGCGUGCCCGCGGUGGCUCGGCGAUCUUGGCGGCCCUGA